AUGCCAUGGGAGGCAUCAGCUCGAGGCGCCUCUGUUGUUUACAUUGAUGGGUCAUGGUGCUUUCUGCAUGAUGCUCAGGCCCACAUUCUCCGUGAAGCGCAUCAACAAGCCGAUCACCUCAUUGUCGGCGUGCAUAGCGACGAGUGCCAUCAAGUAGCGGUUGGCUCCUGGCCACCCGAAUGCUACGCUGCGAGACUCGGUCGUCUCAGGAGGAAACCCUGGGCGGCGAGCAUCCUGGAGCAGGCUCCUUGGGAGGUAACACCCGAACUGCUUGAUGAGCUGUGCAUUACGAGAGUUGUAAGCGGAUCC